GUACCCUCGGUAACAGUACUGUCGUCGCAACCGCGCUGAGAGUAGGUAGCAAUACAAAUACAGCAGUCGGCAGGUGAUCGUACUCUGAAUAAGAUUGAUCAAUGAACAUCGCUCUGGAACCGUGUUAAAUGGUACUCAGUCGUCCAAGACGGUCUUCAUUAACAUGUACUUAUAUAGUGGUAGUACCGAAUUUUUUUUAAUGUCAGAAAACAGUAAAUUCAUUUUCGGUUACUAUUAAAUGACUAGUUUCGUGAAGUACUUUGAACUUUGAGUGCGAUGAGCUAACUGUUUGGUUUUUGUGAGUGGUACUGCCUUUUUGGUCAAAAUGAAUGUCGAACCGGAUAGCUCUACUACUAUGAGUUCUUUGGACUUCUGGGAUUACACGAUUGAGCUUGAGUGUCUGGAAGGGAAUCAAGAUCUUCAGCUGGCAGCAGAACUUGGCAAGACUUUAUUAGAACGGAACAAAGAACUAGAAAUAUCACUGAAACAACACCAAACUAUCAUUGAUGAUCAAACUCAAGAAAUAGAAUACCUAACGAAGCAAGUUGUUGCACUCCGAGAAGUCAACGACUCACGACUACGAAUCUACGAGCAACUAGAAGUUAGUAUCCAGGAUCUAGAAAGGGCGAAUCACCGUCUAGUCCUUGAAAAUUCAUCGGAUAAGAAGAUCAUCAAGACCAUAAAUGCCACUGUCGAUGCCCUAGAAGCAAAAGUCGAAGAGUUGCAGUCCACCAACGAUGAUCUUAAACUCCAACUGGAUAUACUCAAAAGGAAAUCGCAGAGAAACAAUGAAGCUUUGACACCCACGAAUUCCAGGGAAAUAGUUACUUUAAGACAUGUAGAUCGACUAGACGAUGAUUCGGUGGAUUCUACGGUACAUAACGAUGAGUACGGUACGCCAACAAAACCUACAGAGUUAUCUCCGUCUACGCUGUCGAAAUCACUUGAAGCGAAAAAUGACGAACGCACUAACCAGAUGGAAGAGUGGGAGAACGAUAACAACAUGGAACAGAUGGCUCAACUAUUGUCGCAGUUGAGCAAGACGAGGGCUCAAUGUAGCAGGGAUGAAAGGAGGAUAUCGGAGUUGGAGGAGCAACUGAAAACUCUCGUCCAGCAAAAUCAAGCGUUGGAAAACCAAGUGGUACAGCUGUCGCAUAAGGAAGAUGAUUUGAAUAUGAAGAGUAUGCACGAAGAGCUUACAACUUUGGAAGAAGUUAGACAAGGUCAAAUGUGCAGCCGCUGUCUUCGAAGCAUGGAGCAGAACGACAUGAGCGACAUGCAUGGAGACGACGACUCGAGUAUGUUGGAAGGUCUGAUAGAGCCGCAGUACCAUUCAUCCUUCUCCAUGGACGUACAGGGAUACCCACAACCAUCACCAUUGCAAAGUAAGUCGGCUAAUCCCUACAAGAAGUUAGUUGAAAAAUACGAAGCCUUGGUAGAAGUACACAGCAAGCCCAUCAAGGCCUCUCCUAUCUCUCGUCACGAAGAGAUGCAAAUGUCUGGGGGCUUCAACUCAGCAAGUACCAAAGACACCGACGAAGAAAGUGGCCAUGGUGAUAGCUUGCAGCAUAAGAAAACCAGGAAAACGUUUUCUACUCCUACAGAUUUUUCGGAAACCGAAACCAGUUCAUCUGGGUUCCAAGACGAGACUAGUAACAAAUGUACUCAAACAGAAGGUCGAGUUGGAUCCUUUUUGUGCACCAUCGCCGAUGGAGAAGAUUGCAAAUUCAGUAUUUACGAUGAUACAAGCCCUAUCGACUCAAGGUUCAGGGAUAGACCGGAAUACCAAAACCUAUUUAAAGAAAUAUUUAACGUACUUAAAAAAGCCGCGGAAAAUAAGGAUGAAGGUGACGACCUACCUCUUUUAGAUGAUUUUACUCCUGUAAAACUCACACCUAAAGUUCCUCCUGUUACACCAUCACUUGAUCAACUUCCUGAUUUCCCAGAUGACGACAGUCAAAGUGUUGUAUCUUCCACUAUGUCUGAGCUAUCUAUCUCUCAAGCUGAACCUACUACAGUAAUAGAAACCCUGAUUCAGUCUCAAGGCCAGCCGAUACCGGAAAGCGAGUCUGAAGCAGAUGGAAUGGUACUAAGGCCUCUAGUGCGUCAACCUCUGGAAUAUAUCUCAGUAGAAGUCAGGAAGCGCUCAUCUUCAAAACGCAAGAACAAAUACGUGGAAAGGUCCGAUUCUCCUAUGACUCACAUAAUAGGCAGCCCCAAGAUCAACUACUCCAGUAGACCUAACUCCGGUAGGCGCCGAAGAGAACGAUCCAACCACAGGAACCAAGAACCAGAGCCAAAUAACUGGAACGGAAACACCCUUCAGUUCUAUCCAACGAACAGGAACCUCCCUUCGCCAACACCUAGUCAGGGUAGCACCCAUAAGUACGAAUUUAAGCCUAGUUCGGCUUCUCAGGAUUUGCAUAAGUUGCGAAAGCUAGACAUGUCUUACGCGGAGGUGUUGAGGAACGCUGACACGAAGAAGAGAGAGAGGGAAAUGCUCAGACAGAGGAGGAAGUAAAAUGGAUAUUUAAAUGUCACUUUUAUUUUUUUGUAUAGUACUAUGUUUGUAUGUUUUUUAUUUGUUUAUGUAGUGACGUGUCUUCAGAGGUGAUAUUUCAUUAAUAAUGUGGCCCUACGAUUAUAUCAUUUCAGAUUUUUUGUGUUCUAACAAUAAUGAAGAAAAUAAUUAAGACAUGAGCUAAGAGCUAAUGGUACCAUUUAUAAUGGUUUGUUUUGGAGAGGGUUUUUAAAAAUUGGUAAUGAUUUUAUUGCAAUUUAUCAAGUGAUUUUUCUUUAUAAGAACAAAUUCAACUCUAUAUUUAAAAUUACAUGCUGAAAAUUCUAUCCUAACCUAAAAAGGGAGAGGAGAAGGUCCUAAUUUGAGCCCACAUUUUGUUUUUUCCAACUAUUUUUUCCCUUUCAAGAUAAUUGCUUAAAAUUAGACAUAUUCUUAGAUUCAAUAUUUAUCAAUAAUACUGAACAGUUAAUUGUUUAAAAAAGCUUUGGUAAAACACAUAUUAUACACUCUGCAUCUUGGUCGUCUAUGGCGUGUUGUCCAACUUAAGAUCAACGUCAGCUGGGAAAAUUAGUUCAGAUGCUGCGGAACUGUCUUCACUGCCAGUUUCGGAUGUUUUUGAUUUCUUCUAGAUUUUUCUUUUUUUCAGCAAUGUUGAACCCUCAUUUCCUGAAUUUCCAAAUGCUCUUCUUUUUACGCUAUUAAAUCUUUUACUUGGCGUUUUAUCGAAAGAAUAUUGUCAGUUUUUUUGGAGGGAGGAGGUAAUUAUUUGUGAUUUGGAACCUUUUCGUCCAUGAGUUAAUGUUUUUUUUAAUUGAUUUGGGGGUUUUGCAAAAGGUGACACAAAUCUUAGAGAAGCUUCCAUAAAGUACCUAUGACGUAGUAGAUAGGUUGUAGUUCCAUCACCUUCUCUUGGAGGGAACCAGAAAUUAUUCCUUUGGUUAAAGAUUCGUUGGUUUCCCCAUUGAAGUGAAGGCAGUUCCGCAAAUGCUGCGGAUUUAUUUUCACUGGACGUUUCUGAUUUCUUCUGGAUUUUUCUUUUUUGGGCAAUGUUGAACCCUCAUUUUCUGAAUUUCCAAUUGCUUUUCUUUUUACUGGGUCAAGUCUUUUGCUUGGAAUUUUAUCGAGAAAAUCUUGUCACUUUUGUUAGAAGAUAGGGUAAUUAUUUGUGAUUUAGGACCUUUUCGUCCACGAUUGAAUCUUGGAGGAGUCUCCCUGGAGCAUGAUGUCGAUGGACUCUGUGUCAAUGCCUUUGGAGUAGCUAUCUUGUAGUUCUAUCAGCUUCUGUUGCAGAGAACCAGAAAUCUCUCAUUUGGCUAAAGAUUUGUUGCCUUCACUGCUAGGUUCGGAUGUUUUUGAUUUCUUCUGGAUUUUUCUUUUUUUUUUCGGCAAUGUUGAACUCUUAUUUUCUGAAUUUCCAAAUACUUUUCUUUUUACGCUAUCAAGUCUUUUGCUUGGAGUUUUAUCGAGAGAAUCUUGUCAGUGUUAUUGGAAGAGGAAGUAGUUAUUUGUUAUUUGGAACGUUUUCGUCCAUGAGUGGAUGUGUUUUUUUAAUUGGUUUGGGGGUUUUGCAAAAGGUGGCACAAAUCUUAGAGAAGCCCCCAUAAAGUAUGACGUAGAUAGCUCUCUGGAGUAGAUAGGUUGUAGUUCCAUCAUCUUCUCUUUGAGGGAACCAGAAAUUAUUCCUUUGGCUAAAGAUUCGUUGGUUUCCCCAUUGAAGUGAAGGCAGUUCCGCAGAUGCUGCGAAUUUAUCUUCACUGGAUAUUUCUGAUUUCUUCUGGAUUUUUCUUUUUUGGGCAAUGUUGAACCCUCAUUUUCUGAAUUUCCAAUUGCUUUUCUUUUUACGGUGUUAAGUCUUUUGCUUGGAAUUUUAUCGAGAAAAUCUUGUCACUUUUGUUAGAAGAGGGGUAAUUAUUUGUGAUUUGGGACCUUUUGGUCCACGGUUGAAUCUUGGAGAAGUCUCCCUGAAGCAUGAUUUCUAUGGACUGUGUGUCAAUGCAUUUGGAGUAGGUAGUUUGUAGUUCUAUCAGCUUCUGUUGCAGAUAAUCAGAAUCCUCUCAUUUGGCUAAAGAUUUGUUGCUUUCUGCAUUGAUAUGAAGGCAUUUCCACAGAUGCUGUGGAACUGCCUUCACUGCUAGGUUGGGAUGUUUUUGAUUUCUUCUGGAAUUUUCUUUUUUUCGGCAAUGUUGAACUCUCAUUUCCUGAAUUUCCAAAUGCUUUUCUUUUUACGCUAUCAAGUCUUUUGCUUGGAGUUUUAUCGAGAGAAUCUUGUCAGUUUUGUUGGAAGAGGAAGUAAUUAUUUGUUAUUUGGAACCUAUUCGUCCAUAAGUGAAUUUUUUUUUAAGUUUGUUAUAGGGAAUAUUGCAAAAGAUGACACAAAUAUUGGAGAAGUCUCCCUGGAACAUGACGUCGAUACUUAUAUGUCUAUGGACUCUUUGUCAAUGAAUUUGGAACAAAUAUGUUGUGUUUCCAUCAGCUUCUCUUGCAGAGAGCCAGAAGCUGCUCCUCUUGCUAAAGAUUUGUUGGUUUCUGCAUUGGAUAUCAGCUUCAUUUUUGGGUGCAAUGGCGUUUAGCGAUGUCAUGUUACACAUUUUUUCGACUUCAAAUGUUUCUUUGAUGUUUUAAAUAGAUGGCGGAUACUAUCGUGUCCAAUUUUUAUGGUAGCCCAUAUUAACCGCAGGACUCAUAUUAGGAUCUUCUCCUCUACUAACCCUGAUACAACUAAGAUAUAAAACAUAUUUUUUAGGCCAUACUAUAAAUGAAACAUCUCUCUUGACUCAUUCAAGUCCAAUUUGUAGAUGUGAAAUGAGAUUAUACAUUUCUGAUUUUAGUUUUUUAUUGUAAGUAUUCUCAAUAUCUUGAAUUGUGCCAAGAUUAUCUAUAAUCACAAAAUUAUACCACAGAUAGUAUGUAAUACAGGGUGAUAGGAAGUUAAAAAAGCGUACUCGGAUCUUGUGGGUUCAGAUAUUUUCGUACUUAUAUAAAGAGCACAUUGGAGUAGCUGUAAACUAUUAUGGUGAUGUCUUAAAUGUAACAGUUACAAGUAAAUAUGGUACAGUGGGUAUUUGUUCACAUUUUAGGUUUCAGGUUUUGAAUUUUCCUCCUUUGUAAGCCUUCAAUUUGUAGGCUCUGCUAAUAAUUUCCUAUAAAUUGACUAUAAAUACAAUUUUAUCGAUUUUUCCUCAUUUGUCUGCCAUUCUUGUAAUCACUUGUCACUAAACACAUCAAUAAUGUAUAUAGUCCAGGGCGCAUCUGUUUUGAGGUGGACGUUGAGAGGUGACUCAUAUUUUUUUGCAAAAAUUAGUUGGAAUUAACUUAUAUAAUAAUAAUUGAGUUAUCUUCCCACUCAAAAAGGUCCUGAACAUUGUUUAAAUAAUCAAAUUGUUUAAAUAAUAAUUCGCAUUUUACGUUUUUCAAACAUUUAUGCUACACUUAGGACCUUUAUAUUUUACCCAGAAAAACUUUAUGAUAUAAUAAAACGAUACUGUAAAUUUCAUGAAGAUCAGUUCAAUCUAUUUUGCAAAAUAAAUUUUGCAAUCCAGCUUUCGCAAAAAAAAUUAUUUUUUCAAAAUGUCGCAGGACUGAAAAUAAAGCAGAUACCAAGUUGAAUUUUUUACAUAUAGAAUAGUACUGUACCUUUGAUUUGCAAUUUGCAAAAUUAAAAUCGGUUAACCGCCACGUCGUCAGAAAUUUUUUAUAUAUACAUUACAUUAAUGUUUGGUGCUACAUACUUCCAAGUGCUUUCUUCCAAUCUUUAUCUAAUGUAUUAUUUUCUUGCUCUAUCUUUUGUUGUACUUUAAUAUUUUAAUUCCACAAAAAUCAAACUAAUUUGAUUAUUGUUUGAGAAAAAUUGUUUAAACAAUUACAUAUGUUUAAAAACAAUAAACUUUUAUUCUCUUAGUUGAAAUAUAUGAACAAAGAAAGUUUUGGCUAAAAAAUAUUAUUUCAAAAGACAGCGUAUGUGUUUUUAUUUUGCAAUAAAAAAAUUUAUUUAUUUAUAUCGAAAUGUACUAAAAAUUAAAAUUCAUCAAUCAUUAUCAAAGGUCAUUGGAAUGCCCAAUCAGAGCAAACGUAUUCGCUGUCCUGCGCGUAACACCAAAAAUUAAUGUUUAUUUAAAAAAAAUUCCUGACGUCGUGGUAGUUAACCGAUUUUAAUUUGGGAAAUUGCAAAUGAGAGGUACAUUAUUCUUCUAUAAUAUGUAAAAAAAAUUCAACUUAUUGUCUGCUUUAUUUUCAGUCCUGCAACAUUUUGAAAAAAUAAUUUUUUUUGCGAAAGCUGUAUUGCAAAAUUUAUUUUGCAAAAUCUAUUAAACCGAUCUUAAUGAAAUUUAAAGUGUUGUUUUAUUAUAUUAUAGAGUUUUUCUGGGUGAAAUAUGAAGGUCCUAAGUAUAGCAUAAAUGGUUGAAAAAAGUAAAAUGCGAAUACUUGUUUUUUAUGGUUUUUUCGCAAUUAUUGCUAUUUUGCAACAAGGGUGACAAUUUUUAAAACUUUUAACUAAUCCUGUAUUGUAGGAAACUUAAUUAUACAACUUUUAUGUCAGUGAAUUUUUUCUCGAAAAUGAAUAUUUUUAGUUAUAAUCAAAAAAUUAAGAAAAAAAUCGAAUUUUUGCUUCAAUCUUUGACAUUUUGAUUAUUUAAACAAUGUUCCGGACCUUUUUGAGUGGGAGGAUAACUCAAAUAUUAAUAUGAGUUUUUUUCAAGCAAUUUCUGCAAAAAAAUAUGACUCACCUCUCAACAUCCAAAUAUACUAAUAUUUUUACAGAUGCGCCCUGGUCUAAUAAAGAACAUAAAGUUUUUUUCUUAUACCCAUCAAUUUGGCUUGGGGAAUGAAUUCCUUAGUUUGAGUGUAGUAUGAUUUCUCUACAAUGAAAUAAUCAAACAAAAGUUCAGAACUUUACUAAUCUAAUGGAAAUUAACAUAAAAGUCAAUAUAAAAUAUAAAAAUAUAACAAAAAUGUGUUUAAUAAUCCUAAUAUCCUUCAUCAGCAUUGACUACAGCUUGACACCGCCUUGGUAAGCUAGUAUUUAUGCAGCUAAUGAGCAAUACAUCCCUGAAGUAUAUCUCAUACAUUAUACAUGCUCGAUGGGAUUAAGUUCUGGCGAUUAUGUUGGCCACGGUAAAAGUGUAAUACCCUCAUUAUGAAACCAAUCUCUUACUGUUGCAACAAUAUGUGGCCUUGCAUUACCCUGCAUAUAACACAGAUCACGACCUGCAGCAGUGGCAAAUGGAAGAACAAUAUGUAUAUGUUCUAAAAUAAGAUGUUUGAUAAAUAUAUUUGAUAUUGAUAUAAGAACCUUAAAUGUGAACAAUUAAAUAUAAAUAUAUGAAAAAUUCAUUUUUUAUUUUUGAUAUACUAGUUUGUAGAGUUUUUAACUGAAUUUAAUAAUUUAUUGAUUUUAUAAAAUAUCUGUGAGUGUGAAAGAAGUGGAAGUAGGAAUAUUUGUUAUUUAUUUUAUAAAACAUCUUUUUAUGCGAAGCAAUAAAGCACUAAAAUCGGCCUUACCUCCGAAAAAAACGACAAGAUGGAUCUUAAUAAUUCUUUUUGCAUUCGAUUCGUGAAUGCGCCAGGAAACUUUGUGACCCCUAGCCAUGAGAUAAUAUUGAAAAACUGCAUACAAAAAAUGCAUUCUUAAAGUGUAUCUCAAACAGACAAUAAAAAAAAUUCAGAACUCGUGAAUAAUUAUCGGUGGCAAUGAGUUCAAUGUUGUUACUCGGAGGUUUUUGGGGUCGCUGAAAACGAAUAUGAUGUCGUAAGUGACCUGGUGCCCAGGGUACCUACUGUUUACCUCGACUUGAGGAGUCUUAAAAAAAAGUUUAUUAAAAAAUUAGUCAAAAAUCUUUACUCGGGGGGUUUUUGGGGUCGGUAACGACGAACAUGACAUCGAAAGUGAUCUCUGGAGUUGAUACGUGGUGCUCAGGGUACCUACCGUUUACCUCAUUUUCUGGAGUUUUCGGCAAAUUCAUUAAAAAAUUAGUCAAAAAUCAUUAGUCAUGAGAUGAAAAGUAGUUACCCUGAGUACCAGGUACUACGGAGAUAACUUCCGAUGUCAUAUUCGUCGUUAGCGACCCCAAAAACCACCGAGUAAUGAUUUUUGACUAAUUUUUUAAUGAAUUUGCCGAAAACUCCAGAAGACGAGGUAAACAGUAGGUACCCUGGGCCCCAGGUAUUCCGAAGAUCACUUCCGAUGUCAUAUGUACAGUGUGUCUGCGUAACUUGGAACCAUAUGGGAAACUUUUUUAAUAUCAAUUUUACGAAAAAAAGUCAUUCUUUAUAAAGUGCUCUGCAUAGUUUAAAACCUAAGACACAAUCAUCAGAUACCAAAUUUUAUCAACAGUAUACGAGGUAUGUCAAAAAAUAUGAAUUUCGCUCAAGAGUAAAGUGCCUUUAUACUUCACAAUAUAAAAUUGUCAUGGAGAAAAGUUGUUUGUAAUUAAAAAUUAUGUUAUAAUCUGUAUUUACACUCUUCUAAUUAAAAAAAAUGUACUCGUAUCACGGACACCCAACAUCAUUUUUAUUUAUGAUAGCUCCGUUAUUAUUAAUUUUACGAAAAAAAGUUAUUCUUUAUAAAACGUUCUGCAUAGUCUAACAAGUAAGAUGAAAUUAUAAGAUAUUAAAUUUUGUCAAUUUUAUACGAGGUAUGUCAAAAAAUAUGAAUUUCGCUGAAGAGUAAAGUACCUUUAUUUGCACAAAAUUGAAAUUUGUUAUUAUAAAAAGUUGAUCAGAAUUAAAAACUAUGUUUUAAUAUGCAAUUGCAUUCUUCUUGUUGAAAUAUUGUGAACUAUAAAGGUAUUUUAUUCUUGAGCGAAAUUCAUAUUUUUGACAUUUUUCGUAUACAAUUGAAAAAAUUGAUAUCUUAUGAUUGCAUCUUAGUUUUUUGACUAUUCAGACAUUUUAUGAAGAAUAACUUUUUUUCGCAGAAUUAAUAAUAACGGAGUUAUCUUAAAUAAAAAUGAUGUUGGGUAACCGUAAUUUGAGGAAAAUUUUCAAAAAAAAAUUUUUAAUUAGAAGAGUGUAAAUUUAUAUUAUAACAUAAUUUUUAAUUACUUCAUGAAGAAUAAUUUUUUUUCGUAAAAUUGAUAUUAAAAAAGUUUCCCAUAUGGUUCCAAGUUACGCAGACACACUGUAUAUGUCAUUAGCGACCUCAAAACCCACCGAGUAAUGAUUUUUGACUAAUUUUUUAAUAAAUUUUUUGCCGAAAACUCCACAAAACGAGGUAAAGAGUAGGUAGGUACCCUGGGUACCAGGUAGUCUGGAGAUAAGUUCCGAUGUCAUAUUCGUCGUUAGCGACCCCAAAAACCCCCGAGUAAUGAUUUUUUACUAAUUUUUUUAAUAAACUUGCCGAAAACUCCACAAGACGAGGUAAACAGUAGGUACUCUGGGCACCAGGUACUCCGGAGAUCACUUACGACGUCAUAUUCGUUUUCAGCGACUCCAAAAACCCCCAAGAAACAAAAUUGAACUCAUUUCCACCGAUAUUGACGAGUUCUGAAUUUUUUUAUUGUCUGUUUGAAAUGCGCUUUAAGAAUCAUUUUUUGUAUGCAGUUUUUCAAUAUUAUCUCAUGGCUAGGGGUCACAAAGUUUCCAGGUGCAUUCACGAAUCGAAUGCAAAAAGAAUUAUUAAGAUCCGUCUUGUCGUUUUUUUUUUUCGAAGGUUAAGUGCUUUAUUUCUUCGACUAUUACAGUUGUUACAAUUCGGAUUUUAAUCAGUGUUUAUGUAUUAAUUUUUUAUUUGUAGUCCAUUUAUUGAUUAUUUUCAACACAACUAUUAUUUCGUGACUAUUAUUAAAAAUAAAAAUUAUUUCGUGACUAUUUGAUACCUACCUAUAAAAUAAUGCCUUUAAGCGUAUUUAGAUACCCUAAAAUAACAUUCCUACAGCCUUUCCUUUAAUUUGUUUACAAUAUUCAAAAUUUAUUUAAAAAAUUAUUGACCCAUUAACUAAAAGAUUAAUAUUUCUAAACGCCCUGUAAUUUAAGAGCCUAAAAUAAUAUAGUGGAUAUUUAUUAGACGUAGAAUACCUAUUUAAAUUCGUUUUUAUCGCUUUAUGAAGUAUACUAUACUUUUGUGAUUAUAAUAAAUAAAAUAUUAAUA